ACCACGAAGGAUGUCUGUGAUGACAGUGGCCAUUCCAUUUGAUCCUCAUUAUUCUUCUUUUAUCGAAGGAAGGUGGGAGUCACCUUCUUUUCUAGGCAGUUAGGUAACUGAAGCCAAAAGGUAUUGUGACAAAUCCACUGAGCUGUAAAAGGCAGCGUGUGGAGGUGGAGCCCAGAGCUUCUGCCUCCACAGUUAAAAGCUCAGACAGGGCUUUGGGAGCAGGGCCUGCAAAUCAAAGAUGAAAGAACAACCUGUCUUGGAGCGCUUGCAGUCCCAGAAAUCCUGGAUUAAAGGAGUAUUUGACAAGAGAGAAUGUAGCACAGUCAUACCCAGCUCAAAAAAUCCUCACAGGUGUACUCCAGCAUGCCAGUUCUGCCAGAAUUUAAUCAGGUGUUACUGUGGCCGACUGAUUGGAGACCAUGCUGGGAUAGAUUAUUCCUGGACCAUCUCAGCUGCCAAGGGUAAAGAAAGUGAACAAUGGUCUGUUGAAAAGCACACAAUGAAAAGUCCAACAGAUACUUUUGGCACGAUUAAUUUCCAAGAUGGAGAGCACACCUCCCAUGCCAAGUAUAUUAGAACUUCUUAUGAUACAAAAUUGGAUCAUCUGUUACAUUUAAUGUUGAAAGAGUGGAAAAUGGAACUGCCCAAGCUGGUGAUCUCAGUCCAUGGGGGCAUCCAGAACUUUACUAUGCCCUCUAAAUUUAAAGAGAUUUUCAACCAAGGUUUGGUUAAAGCUGCAGAGACAACAGGAGCGUGGAUAAUAACUGAAGGCAUCAAUACAGGAGUGUCCAAGCAUGUUGGGGAUGCCUUGAAAUCCCAUUCCUCUCAUUCCUUGAGAAAAAUCUGGACAGUUGGAAUCCCUCCUUGGGGUAUCAUUGAGAACCAGAGAGACCUUAUUGGAAAAGAUGUGGUGUGCCUGUACCAGACUCUGGGUAACCCCCUCAGCAAGCUCACAACACUCAACAGCAUGCACUCGCACUUCAUCCUGUCUGAUGAUGGGACUGUGGGCAAGUAUGGAAAUGAAAUGAAGCUCAGAAGGAACCUGGAGAAGUACCUCUCUCUGCAGAAAAUACACUGCCGCUCAAGACAAGGCGUGCCCGUGGUGGGGCUGGUGGUGGAAGGCGGUCCCAACGUCAUCCUGUCAGUGUGGGAGACUGUCAAGGACAAGGACCCGGUGGUGGUGUGUGAGGGCACAGGCAGGGCAGCUGACCUCCUGGCCUUCACACACAAACACCUGGCAGAUGAAGGGAUGCUGCGACCUCAGGUGAAAGAGGAGAUCAUCUGCAUGAUUCAGAACACUUUCAACUUUAGUCUUAAACAGUCCAAGCACCUUUUCCAAAUUCUAAUGGAGUGUAUGGUUCACAGGGAUUGUAUUACCAUAUUUGACGCUGACUCUGAAGAGCAGCAAGACCUUGACUUAGCAAUCCUAACAGCUUUGCUGAAGGGCACAAAUUUAUCAGCGUCAGAGCAAUUAAAUCUGGCAAUGGCUUGGGACAGGGUGGACAUUGCCAAGAAACAUAUCCUGAUUUAUGAACAACACUGGAAGCCUGAUGCCCUGGAACAAGCAAUGUUAGAUGCUUUAGUGAUGGAUCGAGUGGAUUUUGUGAAACUCUUAAUAGAAUAUGGAGUGAACCUCCAUUGCUUUCUUACCAUCCCUCGACUGGAAGAGCUCUAUAAUACAAAACAAGGACCUACUAACACACUCUUGCACCAUCUCGUCCAAGAUGUGAAACAGCAUACUCUUCUCUCAGGCUACCGAAUAACCUUGAUUGACAUUGGAUUGGUAGUAGAAUACCUCAUUGGUAGAGCAUAUCGCAGCAGCUACACUAGAAAACAUUUCAGAGCCCUCUACAACGACCUCUACAGAAAUCAUAAGCACCGGAGACGCUUCUCAGGAAAUAGAAAUGAGUCUGCAGAAAGCACGCCGCACUCCCAGUUCAUUAGAACUGCACAGCCAUACAAAGUCAAGGAAAAGUCUGUAGUCCUUCAUAAAUCAAGGAAGAAGUCAAAAGAACAAAAUGUAUCAGAUGAGCCUGAGUCUACUGGCUUUAUUUACCCUUACAGUGACCUGCUGGUUUGGGCUGUGCUGAUGAAAAGGCAGAAGAUGGCCAUGUUCUUCUGGCAGCAUGGAGAGGAGGCCACGGUUAAAGCAGUGAUUGCGUGUAUCCUCUACCGGGCAAUGGCCCAUGAAGCUAAGGAGAGUCACAUGGUGGAUGAUGCCUCAGAAGAGUUGAAGAAUUACUCAAAACAGUUUGGCCAGCUGGCUCUGGACUUGUUGGAGAAGGCAUUCAAGCAGAAUGAGCGCAUGGCCAUGACGCUGUUGACGUAUGAACUCAGGAACUGGAGCAAUUCGACCUGCCUGAAACUGGCCGUGUCGGGAGGAUUACGACCCUUUGUUUCACAUACUUGUACCCAAAUGCUACUGACGGACAUGUGGAUGGGGCGCCUGAAAAUGAGGAAGAACUCUUGGUUAAAGAUUAUUAUAAGCAUUAUUUUACCACCCACCAUUUUGACAUUGGAAUUUAAAAGCAAAGCUGAGAUGUCACAUGUUCCCCAGUCCCAGGACUUCCAAUUUAUGUGGUAUUACAGUGACCAGAAUGCCAGCAGUUCCAAAGAAAGUGCUUCUGUGAAAGAGUAUGAUUUGGAAAGGGGCCAUGAUGAGAAACUGGAUGAAAAUCAGCAUUUUGGUUUGGAAAGUGGGCCCCAGCACCUUCCAUGGACCAGGAAAGUCUAUGAGUUCUACAGUGCUCCAAUUGUCAAGUUUUGGUUUUAUACGAUGGCGUAUUUGGCAUUCCUCAUGCUGUUCACUUACACCGUGUUGGUGGAGAUGCAGCCCCAGCCCAGCGCGCAGGAGUGGCUUGUUAGCAUUUACAUCUUCACCAAUGCUAUUGAGGCGGUCAGGGGGAUCUGUACUUCAGAGCCCGGGAAGUUUACUCAAAAGGUGAAGGUAUGGAUUAGUGAGUACUGGAACUUAACAGAAACUGUGGCCAUUGGCCUGUUUUCAGUUGGCUUCGCCCUUCGAUGGGGUGACCCUCCUUUUCACACAGCGGGAAGACUGAUCUACUGCAUAGACAUCAUAUUCUGGUUCUCACGGCUCCUGGACUUCUUUGCUGUGAAUCAACAUGCAGGUCCAUAUGUGACCAUGAUUGCAAAAAUGACAGCAAACAUGUUCUAUAUUGUGAUCAUCAUGGCCAUAGUCUUGCUGAGCUUUGGAGUGGCACGCAAGGCCAUCCUUUCACCAAAGGAGCCACCAUCUUGGAGCCUAGCUCGAGAUAUUGUAUUUGAGCCAUACUGGAUGAUAUACGGAGAAGUCUAUGCUGGAGACAUAGAUGUUUGUUCAAGCCAGCCAUCCUGCCCUCCUGGUUCUUUUCUUACUCCAUUCUUGCAAGCUGUCUACCUCUUCGUGCAAUAUAUCAUCAUGGUGAACCUGUUGAUUGCUUUCUUCAACAACGUUUACUUAGAUAUGGAAUCCAUUUCAAAUAACCUGUGGAAAUACAACCGCUAUCGCUAUAUCAUGACCUACCUCGAGAAGCCCUGGCUGCCCCCACCUCUCAUCCUGCUGAGCCACGUGGGCCUUCUCCUCCGCCGCCUGUGCUGUCAUCGAGCUCCUCACGACCAAGAAGAAGGUGACGUUGGAUUAAAACUCUACCUGAGUAAGGAGGAUCUGAAAAAACUUCAUGAUUUUGAGGAGCAGUGUGUGGAAAAAUACUUCCAUGAGAAGAUGGAAGUUGUGAACUGUAGUUGUGAGGAACGAAUCCGAGUGACAUCGGAAAGGGUUACAGAGAUGUACUUCCAACUGAAAGAAAUGAAUGAAAAGGUGUCUUUUAUAAAGGACUCCUUACUGUCUUUGGAUAGCCAGGUGGGACACCUGCAGGAUCUCUCUGCCCUGACUGUGGAUACCCUAAAAGUCCUUUCUGCUGUUGACACCUUGCAAGAGGAUGAGGCUCUCCUGGCCAAGAGAAAGCAUUCGACUUGCAAAAAACUUCCCCACAGCUGGAGCAAUGUCAUCUGUGCAGAGGUUCUAGGCAGCAUGGAGAUCGCUGGAGAGAAGAAAUACCAGUAUUAUAGCAUGCCCUCUUCUUUGCUGAGGAGCCUGGCUGGAGGCCGGCAUCCCCCAAGAGUGCAGAGGGGGGCGCUUCUUGAGAUUACAGACAGUAAAAGAGACACUGCAAAUGUAAGAAAUGACCAGGAAAAGCAAAAAACAGAAAGUAGUAUAGUGGCUUCUGGGGGGUCUCCUAACAAGCAAGCACACUCAAAGUAUGGCCAGUUUCUUCUGGUCCCUUCUAAUCUAAAGCGAGUUCCUUUUUCAGCAGAAACUGUCUUUCCUCUAUUCAGACCCUCUGUGGAAGCAGAUACAGAUGUGCUGGCAAAUGAACAGGACAUCCAUCCUGAGGUUCUUGUUCAUCUGACUGGGCAGACCCCAGGUGUCUCUGACCAGGCAUCAGUGGAUGAACCCAAGGAACAGCACGAGCCAAUUGCUCACUUAGUGGAUGGACAAGACAAGUCGGAGCAAGUGCUACCCACUUUGAGUUGCACACCUGAACCCAUGACAGUAACCUCCCCUCUUUCCCAAGCCAAGAUCAUGCAAACUGGAGGUGGAUAUGUAAACUGGGCAUUUUCAGAAGGCGAUGAAACUGGUGUGUUUAGCAUCAAGAAAAAAUGGCAAACCUCCUUGCCUUCCACUUGUGACAGUGAUUCCGCUCGGAGUGAACAGCACCAGAAGCAGACCCAGGGCAGCUCCCUAUCUGAUAACUCGACGAGAUCGGCCCAGAGUAGUGAAUGCUCAGAGGUGGGACCAUGGCUUCAGCCAAACACAUCCUUUUGGAUCAAUCCUCUCCGCAGAGACAGGCCCUUCGCUAGGAGUCAUAGUUUUAGAUUCCAUAAGGAGGAGAAAUUGAUGAAGAUCUGUAAGAUUAAAAAUCUUUCAAGCUCUUCAGAAAUAGGGCAGGGAGCAUGGGUCAAAGCAAAAAUGCUAACCAAAGACAGGAGACUGUCAAAGAAAAAGAAGAAUACUCAAGGACUCCAGGUGCCAAUCAUAACAGUUAAUGCCUGCUCUCAGAGUGACCAAUUGAAUCCAGAGCCAGGAGAAAACAGCAUGUCUGAGGAGAAGUACAGCAAGAACUGGUUCACAGUGUCCAAAUGCAGUCAGACAAGUGUAAAACCUUACAUACAUCAGAAAACGAAAACUAAAGACAUUGGGCAAUGUGCUGUACAAGUCAGCGAUUAUCUAAAGCAGUCUCAAGAGGAUCUCAGCAAAAACGCUUUGUGGAAUUCCAGGAGCACCAACCUCAAUAGGAACUCCCUGCUGAAAAGUUCAAAUGGAGUUGACAAGAUCUCAGCCUCCUUAAAAAGCCCUCAAGAGCCUCACCAUCAUUAUUCAGCCAUUGAAAGGAAUAAUUUAAUGAGGCUUUCUCAGACCAUACCAUUUACACCAAUCCAACUGUUUGCAGGAGAAGAAAUAACUGUUUACAGGUUGGAGGAGAGUUCCCCUUUAAACCUUGAUAAAAGCAUGUCCUCUUGGUCUCAGCGUGGGAGAGCUGCGAUGAUACAGGUGUUGUCCCGAGAAGAGAUGGAUGGGGGCCUCCGUAAAGCUAUGAGAGUCGUCAGCACUUGGUCUGAGGAUGACAUUCUCAAGCCGGGACAGGUUUUCAUUGUCAAGUCCUUUCUUCCUGAGGUUGUGCGGACAUGGCAUAAAAUCUUCCAGGAGAGUACUGUGCUUCAUCUUUGCCUCAGGGAAAUUCAACAACAAAGAGCUGCUCAAAAAUUGAUCUAUACCUUCAACCAAGUGAAACCACAAACCAUUCCCUACACACCAAGGUUCCUGGAAGUUUUCUUAAUCUACUGCCAUUCAGCCAACCAGUGGUUGACCAUUGAGAAAUAUAUGACAGGGGAGUUCCGGAAGUACAACAACAACAACGGUGAUGAAAUCACCCCCACAAGCACCCUGGAGGAGCUGAUGUUGGCUUUCUCUCACUGGACCUAUGAGUACACUCGGGGAGAGCUGCUGGUUUUAGAUUUGCAAGGUGUUGGAGAAAAUUUGACAGAUCCAUCUGUUAUAAAACCUGAAGUCAAACAAUCAAGAGGAAUGGUGUUUGGACCGGCCAAUUUGGGGGAAGAUGCAAUUAGAAACUUCAUUGCAAAACAUAAUUGUAACUCCUGCUGCCGGAAGCUCAAACUCCCGGAUUUAAAAAGAAAUGACUAUUCCCCUGAAAGGAUAAAUUCCACCUUUGGACUUGAGGUAAAAAUAGAAUCAGCUGAGGAGCCUCCAGCAAGGGAGAGGGGUAGAAAUUCCCCAGAAGAUGAUAUGCAACUAUAAAAAGGGAGGAGCAAGAAGAUCCCAGUGCUUGCCCUGCCUUCCAGGAACUCUGUGAUAGCAUAGAUUGAUUGAUGUGACAUUGAUUACAUCAGCAUCUCCUUGGAACACGCCUUCUGAGCCUCACAUCUCCUUCUGUCCAAAGGCCUCAUUGGUAUAUGAUCAAUGGGUUCUCCUAGACACUGACCUCUGUCCAGGGCACUUUGCAACUCCAUCCUCAAGUUCCACAUGAAGACGCUUGGAUGAGUCAGCUGGGAAUAUUGUUCUUGUAUACCUCAUUGCUUUAGCUGGUCACUUGGAACCUUGGAGCAGAAUCCUGCACAUUAAAGGAUGGGGUGAGGGGGAGAUACAUUUAUUUUAUUUUCUUACUAUGUGUGCAGACCGGACCCCCUACUACUGUUUGUCACCUCACCCACAGAUUGUAUUUAUAUCUAUAUAUAU